AGCAGAUGAAGGUCCCGUAAUGUCAUUGCUUCUAAAGCUUAUUAAUGCAAAAAAAGACAAUUGAGAUUGGAGUUUUCACAGGAUAUUCACUCCUUGUUACUGCUCUUUCUCUUCCCAAAGAUGGCAAAGUAAUAGCCAUCGAUCCUAACCGAUCAUCUUUCGAGAUAGGAUUACCAUUCUUCAAAAGAGCUGCAGUGGAACAUAAGGUGGAGUUUAUCGAGUCUGUAGGCCUUCCGGUUCUUGAUAAACUACUUGAAGAACCAAAGAACGAGGGAUCGUUUGAUUAUGCAUUUGUCAGCGCUGACAAGUCAAAUUAUGCAAACUAUCAUGAGAGAUUAGUAAAAUUAGUCAAGGUUGGAGGGUUAAUUCUUUAUGACAAUACUCUUUGGUCAGGAACCGUUGCUUGGGAAGAUGAUUCCACACUCGAUGACGAAAUGGUGCAUGAAAGGAGCGUAUCCAUAGAAUUGAACAAGAAGUUGGCAUCUGAUUCUCGAAUUCAAAUUUCUCAACUUCCUAUUGGUGAUGGUCUCACGAUGUGUAUGCGUCUUUGCUAA